UAUGAUGAGUGGAAGCCGCAGUGGUGACCUGCCGUCGCAGUCUAUCGGUAGCCAUGAGUCGAACUCUUCCAUGCGACAGAAGAGGAAGAUGAAGGACCAGACUUGCUUUUGUGGGUUGAAGACGACAAUCAAAAAAUCCGACACAAGAGAGAAUCUGGACAGGUUGUUCCACACUUGUGCGAGAUACCCGAAAGGAAGCUACUGCAACUUCUUUAGGUGGGUUGAGGAAGAUGGGUAUGUAGCAGGGGCGGAAACUGAUGCAGAGAUUGGUGGGGAUUAUGAUGAAUGGAGACUGAAUGUGUCAUGGAGAUUGGGUAGCUUGGAGGGUGAGGUUAGAGCAAUGAAGAUGCUAAUAUUGUUCCUGUCAGUUGCAGUGGUCGUAGCUACUGUAUUUUGUGUAUCACUGUUUUUUACGUUAAUCUCCAAGUAA